GCAAUAAAAAGCCAUCUUUGUAUUGUUCCUGUAACACUCGCGCUCAGCUCCCGGGAACUGCACACUUACUUUGGGGUUUUUUUUUUUUUUUGUAAAUAGCUAAUUUUAUUACAUUGAGAAUGUCAGACACAGCAGUGGACGCCAGUGUGGAGAAGAGCACCAAGGACUUAAAAGCAAAAGAGAAGGAAGUUGUAGAAGAAGCAGAAAAUGGAAAGGACAAGCCUACCAAUGGGAAUGCAGAAAAUGAGGAAAAUGGAGAGCAAGAGGGAGAUAAUGAAGUUGAUGAAGAGGAGGUAGAUGAGGAGGAUGAAGAGGAUGAUGUAGAAGGAGACGAUGAUGAGGUAGAUGACGAUGAUGAAGUAGAGGGAGCCACUGGCAAGAGAGCAGCAGAAGAUGAUGAGGACGACGACGAUGAUGUUGAAACAAAGAAGCAGAAAACAGAUGAAGACGACUAGAGUGGGGAAUUGUCCCUGUCUCAAAAUAAGUCUAUAUAUAUAACCUUUGCCCCCACCGCCUGUCCUCAACUCUGAAAUAUGGGUCACAGAAAAGCAAUUCUUCCGUCCCUCCCUUAUGCAGGCUUUUUUUGGCCCCACAUACUCCGUCCACAAAUUACACCACCUUUAAAGGUGCCAGUCACAUUGCCCAUGUGGCUUUGUUUUUUUUUUGUUACUUUCUGCAGCAACCUGUGGGUCACUUUUCAUGGUUUAGCCCUGCACUGCCAGUAUAGAAUGCAUUCAUUUGCUUUCCUUUCCAGUUAUAAUAAUGUUCUUUUGGGUGGGGUGAAAUCUUUUUCAUAAAUUCUAGAGGGGUUAUUUUGCUUUUUUCCUUUUUAUAAAAAUAACUGGGAAACGAACACCUUGGAAGUGGUCCCCUGUUUGUAUUUUUUAUUUACAUUUUAUAUUUUUGUACAUAUUGGUAUACAACUGUCCUUUUCUGUACUGGGGAUCCGACUGCCAGGGUGUAUGGGGGGGGGGCUUUUAAAUUAAAACAUUUUAUUUGUGCCCCUCCUUUUUUGAUAAUUGUUCCCUUGGCUAUAUAUGGAGGAAAUAUCUUGCAUUUUUUUAACCCCCUUUUCUGGGAAGCAGGGGAAUGGCGGUGGGAGGUGUGGAGUUUGAGAGCUGUCUCUUCUCCAAAUGGCAGAAUCUUUACAAAAAAGCAAAAAUUGUUAUAAAAAAACUUAAAAUAAAUAAGACAAAGUCCCCAAUAUAAAAUUCAGAUCAUUCCAGUAACUUUUGAACAUAUUUUUAGCUGUACUUUAGAUGAGUUUGGAUGAGAAUGGCCAAAGAUUUUCCUUUUAAUUUUGUUUUGUCUCUGAAAUGGCUUUUUUUUUUUUUGUGUUUGUUUGGCCUGUUUGGGAGUGUGUGGCAGUAUUGUCAAUAAAACUGCAAUUUUAAUUUGCAGGCUUUCCUUUUGUUC